CUCGCCCUGCCGGGGCAACCGGAGCUUUGUCAAUAUUGUCGUUGAGCUCUGCCGGUCGGCCUCCUCCACAGUGGGUGAGAGGCCGAGGAGAAGGAAAGCUCGCCCAUCGCUGCCACUGAAUGUAACGCUACAUUCAUUGUGCUGGUGUCCUUUUCCCACGAGGGAUCUGUCAAUCUAGCUCGUGUUGGCUGCCGACGCCGGACACGCCGUUCACGCCAAUGACGAUCGUUGCCUUACCCAUGAAGCCCCAACGCGGCCUUGAUGACGAUGUUGCGCGAGAACAGACCCUACUCCAGCCAGAGCAGGCCAAGCUGUUGAAGCUUGACUACAUAUUAUCGCCCUCGCCCGUUCGUGUGUCUUCGUCUAGAAGAUCUCUAUAUCAGAUCGCCUCUUUUGCCCGUGUAGCUCUCACAAUCAUCACCGGAGCUUCAUUCUGCGUCAUGCUGUACCGCAGUGCUGUGUGGGCCUUCGUGGCCGUGGCCGUUGACGCUGUUGUUGUCGAACGUCAGGCCGCAAGCAGUCCGUCUGGUGUUCCUGACUACUUCGUCACUGUGCCAGAGCUCUUCCCUGGUCCGACUCCAACUGGUGCUGCUGGCUUCUUGGCCCAGACCAACCCUGCGCCAUUCAUUGGAACCACAUACAUCCCCAACUCGCCUCUAGAGACCCAAGUCCCAAUCGUUGGCAACACCAACAAUGGUAACAUUUUCGAGCUUCACGGCCAGCUCAGCCACUACUUCCCAAACCCAUCUGGAUUUGGAGUUGACGAGUACUCUCUGCCCACCAAUGCCUCCAUCGUUCAGCUUCACAUGCUUUCCCGUCACGGUUCUCGCUACCCAACCUCAGGCGCUGGUGCGGAGGUCAUCGGACAGAAGAUUACAAACUUCACCAAAGCUGGCGGUCGCUUCGGUGGCGACUUGAGCUUCCUCAACACCUGGUCGUACAAGCUCGGUGCUGAGAUCUUGGUCCCCGUUGGAAAGCAGGAGUUAUUCGACAGCGGUACUCUCCAUCAGAUCCAAUACGGCCACUUGUACAAGAACAAUGGCUCCAAGAUUGUCGCUCGCACUACCUCUCAGGACCGUAUGCUGCAGUCUGCGGAAUACUUCAUGGCAGGUUUUUUUGGCUUGAUGUGGCCCAAGAAUGCCACUCUCGUUGUAAGCUACGAGGUGGACGGUGCUACCUACAACAACUCAUUGGCUGGAUACGGAAAUUGCCCCAACUCCAACACCGCCGUCAACCAAGCUGGUAACAACGCUUCCCGCGUGUGGGAGAACAUCUACCUCGUUGAUGCUCAGAAGCGAUUGAACGCCAUCAGCGGAUCCUUCAACUGGACCAUCGGUGACGUCUACAACGCUCAAUCACUCUGUGCCUACGAGGAGGUUGCUCUUGGUUACUCCGCCUUCUGCAAGCUCUUCACGUACUCUGAAUGGGAAGGCUACGAGUACAGCAUUGAUUUGGCCUUCGCUGGAAACAACAUGUUCCAGUCUCCCACUGGCCGUGCUAUUGGAAUCGGUUACGUUCAAGAGCUGUACGCCCGACUUCAACACCAGUUGAUCACCAAGCCCGCUGGACAAGUCAACCUUACCCUCGACAACAACACCACUACCUUCCCUCUUAACCAGUCGCUCUACUUCGAUUUCUCGCACGACACCAACAUUGCCGCCGUUCUCACUGCGUUUGGCCUCAAGCAAUUCGCAACUCUCCUCCCGUCCACCUACAUCCUUCGCAACCGCUCCAACAUCGUCUCCCACAUGGAGUGCUUUGGCUCGCGUCUGGAUGUGGAAAUCAUCGAGACUCCCCAGCCUCUCAGCGGAAACCGUCGCGGCAACAACGGUAUCUACACUGCUGGGAACACCACUCGCUAUGUCCACUUCAUCUUGAACCAGCGUACCAUCCCGCUCGGUAUCAGCUUCCCAGAGUGUGGUAACCGUGAUGACGGUUGGUGUGAGCUUACCACCUUCACCAACGUCCUCUCGACCAAGUUGGCCGAGUCGCAGUUUGACUACGCCUGCUUCGGAAAUUACCCUGCCCAGCCCUACGGCGCAAUCUACAACGGUGCUCCUCUCCCCAGCGGCAGCAUCGGUACCUCCGUCACCUUCACCUCCACCGGCACCACUUCGCCCAGCCCUAGCAGCAAGAACAGCGGCGUCGCCGGCGUCGUCACCACCACCGUGACUGUCACCGCUGCCGCUCCCGUCUGCACUCCCUCUACCUCUCCCAAGGCUGCCGCCACCACCUCCGCCAAGGUCGCAACCACCACCGGCCGCACGGUGACUCAAAUUGGCGAUGGCCAGAUUCAGGCCCCUCCCGCUCCUACCGGUGGUCGUACCGUCACUCAGAUCGGUGAUGGUCAGGUCCAAGCCCCUGCUGGUGGCCGCCCCGUCACCCAAAUUGGCGACGGGCAAAUCCAAGCCCCUGUCGGCGGCCGACCUGUCACACAGAUCGGUGAUGGACAGAUUCAGGCCCCCAAGACUGCUGCGACCACCUCCGUGCAGGCCGCAACCACUACUGGCCGUCCCGUGACCCAGAUCGGCGACGGACAGAUUCAAGCCCCUGUCGGCGGCCGACCUGUCACGCAGAUUGGCGAUGGUCAGGUGCAGGCUCCCAAGCCCACAGCUUACUAAACUCUUCCCAUGAAAUUGAAAGGAAUGACCUGAAGAUAUCUGAAGAGAGAGAUUAUGAACUCUGAAGACAAGAAAUAGUAUGAAGAGCGAACGCCAAAAGAUAAAUGUUGGACGGGAGACAAAAGGGUUAUGUCCAGUGGGCACCGUACACAACCGGCGGACCUCCGAAAUGCAUAUGAAAUUUGAAUGAAAGUUAUCGUCUUAUUAUAAUCUACUUCUCUACCCUGUCCCGUCCUAACCUAUCCUG